UUAGCCGUCCCUCGCCUAAAUAGUUCCCUCGGUGAAACACGAGGUGAGACAUUUGGGUUCCCCGUCAAGCCCUAGUGCCAAAUCUGUUCUCGCUCAGUUGGAGCAGCACUCCCUUCCCAAGCUACAGAAGCCAGGCGUGUCCGCGCUCGCCUUUUCCACCCUCUCUCCUGAGGGGGUGCAAGAGAGCCGGCCUGAUUCCUUCGGCGGAUCCCCCCACCGCGGCGCCGGCCCUCUUCUCCUAGCUCAGCCCCGCCAUGCUGGGAGCCCUGCGGAGGCGCUGGGACUCCUACAAGUACCGCUUCGUGCCUUGGAUAGCACUCAAUCUCCGCCACAAGCGCAGGUGAAGACGGGGCGCGCGGGAGGAGCCGCCGGGCGCUCUCUGACGCGGGAGGGCAGCCUCGCUUCCUCGCCCUUUUCGGUCCUCUCCUGGGCGGGCCGAAACCACUGGGGCGCCGCCGUUUAGGGAGGACAGCGGGGAGUAAAUAGAGGCUGCGCAGCCAACUCCAGGGGGACACCAAAGUCCCUGUUGGUGGUUUCAUCCCUGGCUCAAGUUGCCCAGAGGGCGUGGGCUCACUGUGGGAACGAGACUUCUGGUCCAUGGGCCAGAAUGCCAAGUGUAAAAAUCAGGUGUAAACCACCAGGUGUCGAAAUCGCUCGGGAUUCUUUUCGCUUAAUGCCCAUUCUGAAAGUGUGUAGCUUACACAUCCCAGAGCACCUGAUUUGCAUGAUGCAAAAGGCCCCAAACUCAAUCCCUGCCAUCCCCAGAGACUUUUACACACAGCAGGCCUUACCGCGACUUUACUCCGAGGCUUUACUGCGAACUUGAAGUUAUCCCCCCAAAAAAGAACGGAUAUAAACUGGACUACACUCUAACGCACAGUAAAAAAGAAAAAGAAACACCAGAAGGGUGUGUGAACUGCUACCCCAUAACUCGCUGGACGGCCGAUAUGUGGACACACCUCCUACAUUCAGGAGGAGAUGCUUUAAAAGCCCCGUGUGAAAAACUCCUUGAAACCCUGCGGAGCCCCUGCCAGUCAGUCAGCACAGACAGCACUGCCGUAGAGCAACCAAUGAGUUGAUCUGAUGUAAGACAGCUUAAUAUGCCUCACAUAACUCAUACCCUUUUUUCAUGCAAGGCUGCUGGGGUGCAUGUAUGUGGUUCAACAUACAGCCAGGAAGAUGGCAAACCAGUAGGGUGCUGUGGAGGGCUGUGGGUGUGCAAGAAGUCUUCAGCGUCCCUGCACUGAAGUCUUCUUUCACACCUAAGAGGAGAGGGGGCCAUUUUUGCAGCUCUCGCCUCCUCGGGGUUGACAACACUGCACUGGCAGAAAUUGGGACAGGGACUCUGGGGUGGGUGGUGGGGGGCAUGACCAUCUAAGGGUGCUUAAAAAAAACUUUUAAAAGCUGCCACUGAGCAGCGGCAGAGCGGGACUGCAGUGAGAGCGGCUCUCCUGCCUCCCACCCAAACUAUGAAGGGAAUGGCCGCUGCUCUCUAGGGCUGGCUGGGGCGAGUGGCAUGUUGGCAACAGGCGUGCCCUGCUGCCUGAAGGAAGCCUGGGCUCGAGAGCACUGACCGCUGUGGCCACUGGCCACGCAAUGUCAGACUGUAACUGGUGGAGGAGGGAGGGGAGGACCCGGGAGGGAGGGUGAAAGGCUCCCUUUUUCGGCCCUGCGUGCCUCCAAAUGUUUUAAGUGUCAAAAAGCAGGAGGAAUGAAGUUUGCACUUCCCCACUAAAAGUUGGGAAGUCCCGCAGUGUGAGACCGUUGGCAACCCUAUGCCUCCUUCCAAAAGCCCAUUACAAUAGUAUAAAUCUGUUCCUGACGGCUACGUGACCCUCAGCAACAAAUUUAUAUCAGUGUAAAGCUUUUUAAAGGAAGAGGAGAGAUGCAAAAAUUGCUCCACACGUGCACAAACACACAGACGCUGAAGGUUUCUUGAGUACCCGCAGCCCACCUUCCAUCAAGAGAUUGCUGUGCAUCAUGGCAGCCAAUAUUUUUCACAAUAUCUAGCCACUAAAGGUAAAGUGUGCCGUCAAGUCGAUUUCGACUCCUGGCACCCACAGAGCCCUGUGGUUUUCUUUUGGUAGAAUACAGGAGGGGGUUGCCAUUGUCUCCUCCUGUGCAGUAAGAGAUGAUGCCUUUCAGCAUCUUCCUAUAUCGCUGCUGCCCAAUGUAGCAGCAGCAGGGAUUCAAACCGGCAACCUUCUGCUUGUUAGUCAAGCAUUUCCCAACCCCACAUUAAGAUGUUGGCUCCCAAUAGGGACCUGAGACUGAUGCGGAUUCCUGGAGACUCUGGGCCAGUCCUGCAGAGCGGCAGCUGCAACUGUGAGGACUGCUUUACAAAUUGCAACUCUGCAUGACCCCUCCUUUGACUUGAGCUCCAGGACAGCUUGGCACACCAUUUCAGAAUGGGGACUUAGUGGAAAUGUUCCAGUUUUUUCACUGAAGGAAUUCCAGCAAAGGGACCAAUUUAGGCAAUCAAAGGUCAGCUCUAAGAAACAAUUGCACUUGCGUCAAGCCCCACCUCUCUUGAUUUAACUGCUACAGAACUGGAACUCUAUUGAGUGGUGCACCCCACCCUCCACUCCAAAGUGGCACCUCAAAAGGACUCUACGAUUCGUACCAGAAGAAUCUAAAGACAAAAUUGUUUCUGAUGAAGAUGUCCUCCAAACACUACUGAAAACAUUUAGAGCAUUGUUUGCAAAUGACUUGAGCAGACAAAUGUUCCUCCUUAACCUUCUUCCAGAAGUUAAAUCUCAAUACCUGGAAUUACAGACCACUCAGCCUGAAAUAUCCAAAAGAACUGGUGACAACCAGCAGAGUCAAAUCAUCUUUCAUCCAGAAGAAGUUCUGUUUAACACACUAGGAUUCAGCAUUGCUCGAAGGCACAGUUCACUGCUUUCUGCUGGAACUGGAGUCUUUAUAACCAAAGGCUUUGUUCCAAAAGGGACGGUGGUAUCUAUGUAUCCUGGUACAGUCUAUGAAAAGUAUGAGCCCAUAUUUUUCCAGUCCAUUGGCAAUCCUUUUAUAUUUAGAUGCAUAGAUGGGGUGCUUAUUGAUGGGAAUGACAAGGGCAUAUCAAAAGCUAUAUACAGAUCAUGCAGCAGAAGAGAUCAGUUUGGUCCUUUAAAAAUGAGUGAUGUCUUUUGGCUGACAACUGCAGUGCAGAAUCCACUGGCAGUGGGACAAUAUGUCAACAAUUGCUCAUCUGAGAAAGCAGCCAAUGUAUGUUACCAGGAGUUUGAUGUACCUAAAUGUUUUCCUAUAGAACUUAACCAGUAUCUUCCAAACAUAAACUACAGUAAUGAAAUACAGAGCUCUCCCCAAUAUACUUGGUGCAGGCCCCUGAGGUGUGUCGUUCUGGUUGCUCUCCGAGACAUUAAACCAGGUGAAGAGCUUUUCUCAAACUACUACACAAUUGUCAGUUGAACCUGAGGAAGCAUCUGUCAAACAGCUUUGGACUCCUAGGUUUCCUCUUCUACAGAGUGCCUGUCAUCUUGAAUCACCCUGGAGGCACCUGAUCUAAGUGGAGGAUUACCAAAUGCAGUUUUAUUCUUCAGAAAUGAGGGACGUUGAUCACCAUCAAAGAAGAGACUUCUUGCAGCAUUAUGACCUGGCCUGAGUGGCAGCAGAAUCUUCCUCCAGUUGUAGUAGCCAUGGCAAUCAUCUGAUGAAACUUGACUGAAUGCAACUACAUGAAAAGCAUUUUCCAAGGCCGCAUGAAAGAUCAUAUCAGUGACCAAGCAGAUCAGUUUCACAACAGCACCAAGUGUGAUACAAUACAUUUUGAGGUGGUAAUACUAAGUGAUAUUCAUUUGCUUACUGUGUCCCAGAGGUGGUUAUUAAGUGAACAAGUAUCCAAAUUGAGAUAGGAACAUAGGAAGCUGCUUUAUACAGAGUCAGACUAUUGAUCCAUCUAGCUCAGUACUGACUGGUAGCAGCACUCCCAAGGUUUCAAGUAGGAGUCUCUCCCAACCCUACUGGGGAAGCCAGGGAGUGAACUUGGGACUUUCUGUGUGCAAGCAGAUGCACUCGGCUAUGGCCCCAUCCCCUUGUUACAAGUGGAGUCAUCUAUUCCCUUGACAGACCGUUUUAGCUAGGCUAUAGCUAAAAUAUAGCUAUAUUUUAUAUAGCUAUAAAGUAUAUUCGGGCCGACUUGGAUUCCACUAUUUCUGCAGGGUCUAUGAAGGAGGUAUCCAGCAAUCCCUCUUGCAGUGUUAGGUUGGAUCAGUUUCAAUCUGUGACUCCUGAGGAUGUGGACAAGCUGCUUGGGGCAGUGCAGCCUACCACUUGUUCUCUGGAUCCUUGCCCAACUUGGCUGCUUCUAUCUAGCAGGAACAUUGUUGGAGGUGGCUUUGUUAAUAUCAUAAAUGCAUUGCUGAGGGAGAGUAGGGUGCCUCCAUGAUGAAAGGAGGCAAUGGUUAGACUUCUCCUUAAGAAGCCUUCACUCGCUCCCUUAGCGAUGGUUAUAGGCCAAUCUCCAAUCUCCCUUGGUUGGGCAAGGUGAUUGAGAGGGUGGUGGCUAACCAGGUGGUUUUGGAGGAAGAUGAUUAUCUAGAUACAUUUCAAAAUGGCUUUAGUGCUGGCUAUGGGGUUGAGACAGCCUUGGUCAGCCUGAUGUAUGACCUCUACCGGAGAAUCGACGGAGGGAGUGUGACUCUGUUGGUUCUUUUGGAUUUCUUGGUGGCGUUCAAUAUCAUCGACCAUGGUAUCCUUCUGGAUCACCUGGGGGAGUUGGUGAUAGAUCGUACUGUUUUGCAGUGGUUCCGCUCCUGUCUCUCGGGUAGAUUCCAGAUGGUGGAGCUUGGUGACAGUUGCUCCUCAAAACAGGAGCUGUUAUAUGGAGUCCCACAGGGCUCCAUUCUGUCACCAAUGCUUUUCAAUAUUUACAUGAAACUGCUGGGUGAGGUCAUCAGGAGGUUUAGUGCUGGCUGUUAUCAGUAUGCUGAUGACACCCAAAUCUACUUCUUUUCAUCUGCAUCAUCAGGAAAUAGUGUUCUUUCCCUAAAUACCUGCCUACAGACAGUAAUGGGCUCUAUGAGGGAUAACGAAUUGAGAUGAAUCCAAGCAAGAUGGAGGUGCUCAGAAUCUGAGGGAUGAGUUAGAGCUCCCUGUGCUAGAUGGAGCAGGUAUGCAGCUUGGGAGUACUCCUGGACCCAGGCCUCACCCUGGUAUCUCAGGUGGAGGCCAUGGCCAGGUGUGCUUUCUAUCAGCUUUGACUGAUUCUACAGCUGUGUCCAUUCCUUGAGGAGGAUGACCUCAAAACUGGUGCACCAGCUGGUAUCCUCCAGGCUUGACUACUGCAAUGCCCUCUAUGUGGGGCUGCCUUUGUACGUAGUUCAGAAACGUCAGUUAGUUCAAAAGGCGGCAGCCAGAUUGGUCUCUGGGGGCAACCCGGAGAGACCAUAUUAUGCCUGUUUAAAAACAGCUAUGCUGGCUGCUGAUAUGUUUCCAGGCAAAAUGCAAAUUGCUUGUUAUUACCUUUAAAGCCCUGAACAGCUUAGGUCCAGGUUACCUUAGAGAGCACCUUCUUCAUGAUCUCCACCACAUGUUAAGGUCAUCUGAAGAGGUCUGUCUCCAGCUACCACCGGUUCAUCUGGUGGCGACUCAGAGGCGGGCCUCCUCUGUAGCCACUCCUAAACUGUGGAAUGCACUCCCUGCAAAAAUGUGCAAUUUGAAUUCUUUAUUGGCCUUUGGGAGAGCCCUUAAAACCUAUCUGUUUGGCCUGGCCUUCCAGAGUUUUUAAACAGUUGUAAUUGGUUUUAAUGUUGUAACCUGGUUUUCAGGGUUUUAAAAUUGUUCUGAUUGUUUAAUUGCUAUUUUAUGAUGUUUUAAUUGUUAAUUAUUGUUUUACACUGUUUUAUAAUUUCUGUUUUAAUUGUUAACUGAUUUUAAUGGUUUUGUUUUAAUUGUAAACCACCCUGAGCCAUUUUGGAAGGGUGGUAUAAAAAAAUUGAAUAAAUAAAUAAAAUAAAGUAGGCAGUUUCCCAGAGAGCUAUGACCACAGGUUUAAAAUCCAAAUAAAAAUAUAUUUCAUUGAA